AUGUAUAAUGAAUCAGCUGGUCUCUACAUAUAUAAUGAAUCAGCUGGUCUAUACAUAUAUAAUGAAUCAGCUGGUAUCUACAUAUAUAAUGAAUCAGCUGGUCUCUACAUGUAUAAUGAAUCAGCUGGUCUCUACAUAUAUAAUGAAUCAGCUGGUCUCUACAUGUAUAAUGAAUCAGCUGGUAUCUACGUGUAUAAUGAAUCAGCUGGUCUCUACAUAUAUAAUGAAUCAGCUGGUCUCUACAUAUAUAAUGAAUCAGCUGGUAUCUACAUAUAUAAUGAAUCAGCUGGUCUCUACAUGUAUAAUGAAUCAGCUGGUCUCUACAUGUAUAAUGAAUCAGCUGGUCUCUACAUGUAUAAUGAAUCAGCUGGUCUCUACAUGUAUAAUGAACCAGCUGGUCUACACAUGUAUAAUGAAUCAGCUGGUAUCUACAUGUAUAAUGAAUCAGCUGGUCUCUACAUAUAUAAUGAAUCAGCUGGUCUCUACAUGUAUAAUGAAUCAGCUGGUAUCUACGUGUAUAAUGAAUCAGCUGGUCUCUACGUGUAUAAUGAAUCAGCUGGUCUCUACAUGUAUAAUGAAUCAGCUGGUCUCUACAUAUAUAAUGAAUCAGCUGGUCUCUACAUAUAUAAUGAAUCAGCUGGUCUCUACAUGUAUAAUGAAUCAGCUGGUAUCUACGUGUAUAAUGAAUCAGCUGGUCUCUACAUGUAUAAUGAAUCAGCUGGUCUCUACAUAUAUAAUGAAUCAGCUGGUCUCUACAUAUAUAAUGAAUCAGCUGGUCUCUACAUGUAUAAUGAAUCAGCUGGUAUCUACGUGUAUAAUGAAUCAGCUGGUCUCUACAUGUAUAAUGAAUCAGCUGGUCUCUACAUGUAUAAUGAAUCAGCUGGUCUCUACAUAUAUAAUGAAUCAGCUGGUCUCUACAUGUAUAAUGAAUCAGCUGGUAUCUACGUGUAUAAUGAAUCAGCUGGUCUCUACAUGUAUAAUGAAUCAGCUGGUCUCUACAUGUAUAAUGAAUCAGCUGGUCUCUACAUGUAUAAUGAACCAGCUGGUCUACACAUGUAUAAUGAAUCAGCUGGUCUCUACAUGUAUAAUGAAUCAGCUGGUAUCUACGUGUAUAAUGAAUCAGCUGGUCUAUACAUAUAUAAUGAAUCAGCUGGUCUCUACAUAUAUAAUGAAUCAGCUGGUCUCUACAUGUAUAAUGAAUCAGCUGGUAUCUACGUGUAUAAUGAAUCAGCUGGUCUAUACAUAUAUAAUGAAUCAGCUGGUCUCUACAUAUAUAAUGAAUCAGCUGGUCUCUACAUGUAUAAUGAAUCAGCUGGUAUCUACGUGUAUAAUGAAUCAGCUGGUCUAUACAUAUAUAAUGAAUCAGCUGGUCUCUACAUAUAUAAUGAAUCAGCUGGUCUCUACAUGUAUAAUGAAUCAGCUGGUAUCUACGUGUAUAAUGAAUCAGCUGGUCUCUACGUGUAUAAUGAAUCAGCUGGUAUCUACGUGUAUAAUGAAUCAGCUGGUCUAUACAUAUAUAAUGAAUCAGCUGGUCUCUACAUAUAUAAUGAAUCAGCUGGUCUCUACAUGUAUAAUGAACCAGCUGGUCUCUACAUGUAUAAUGAAUCAGCUGGUCUCUACAUGUAUAAUGAAUCAGCUGGUCUCUACAUAUAUAAUGAAUCAGCUGGUCUCUACAUAUAUAAUGAAUCAGCUGGUCUCUACAUGUAUAAUGAAUCAGCUGGUAUCUACGUGUAUAAUGAAUCAGCUGGUCUCUACAUGUAUAAUUAA